AUGAAGCAGAGAUUCUCGUCCAUAGAUGUCAAGGUCAUCACCCAGGAGCUGGCCUCGGAGCUAGUCAACCUGCGAGUCUCCAACAUCUACGACCUAUCAUCCCAUCUCUUCUUCCAGCGAAUCUUCCUCUUCAAACUUGCCAAACCAGACCACCGGCGCCAACUCAUCGUCGACUCCGGCUUCCGCACCCAUGUAACGCAAUACUCCCGCACAGCCGCGACCGCCCCCUCACCAUUCGUGACACGCCUGCGCAAAUUCCUCAAAUCGCGCCGUAUCACUGGCAUCGCGCAGGUCGGCACAGAUCGAAUCAUCGACAUCUCCUUCAGCGAUGGCGCCUACCACAUGUUCCUCGAGUUCUUCGCCGGCGGCAACAUCAUCGUCACCGACCGCGAGUAUACCGUGAUCGCAUUGUUCCGAAAUGUCCCCGCCAGCGCCGGCGAGGAGGAAAUGAAACUCGGCCUCCAAUAUAACGUUACCAACAAGCAGAAUUAUGCGGGAAUUCCAGAUAUCACCCCAGAGCGGGUGAAGAGUGUGAUUGAGAAGGCGCAAGCAUCGUUCUCGCAGGAGGGCGGGGCGCCGAAAAAGUCCAAGAAGAAGGCUACGGAUAUCUUGCGGAAGGCUUUGUCUCAGGGGUUUCCUGAGUAUCCGCCACUAUUGCUGGAUCAUGCUUUUGCUGUCAAGGAGUUCGAUCCUACCACCCCGCUUGACCAGGUUCUCGGAGACGAGUCUCUCUUGAAGCGAGUGGAGGAGACCUUGCGAGAGGCCGCUUCGGUGUCGGAUAGUUUCAAUGUCGGCGAAAGUCACAAGGGAUAUAUCGUGGCGAAGAAGGACGAACGAGCCUCGAAAGAGGAGGACAGUACAUCAAAGACCCCGGGUCUUUUGUAUGAGGAUUUCCACCCUUUCAGACCACGCCAGUUUGAAGGGAAGCCCGGAGUCUCUAUUCUUGAAUUCGAGCGGUUUAAUGCCACCGUUGACGAAUAUUUCUCUUCCCUGGAGUCCCAACGCCUAGAGUCCCGACUCACGGAACGUGAAGAUGCGGCCAAGCGCAAGUUGGACUCUGUCCGAGAGGAGCAUAGAAAGCGCAUCGAUGCCUUGAAAGAUGCGCAGGAAAUCCACAUUCGCAAGGCUGCUGCUAUUCAAGACAAUGUGUACCGCGUUCAAGAGGCCAUGGACGCUGUGAAUGGUCUUGUGGCUCAGGGAAUGGAUUGGGGUGAGAUUGCCCGUCUAAUUGAGAUGGAACAAGCUCGAGGAAACCCCGUGGCGCAGAUCAUCAAGCUUCCUCUCAAGCUCUACGAGAAUACCGUCACGCUGAUCCUUGGGGAGGAGGAAGAGGAGGAGGAGGAGGAAGAGGACGCCGAGUCUACCGAUGAGUCGGAGUCGGAGUCGGACUCGGAUUCCGAGGAUGAGCGCCAAGAGCAACAAAGACGUACAGAUGCUGCUUCACGCAUGCUUAAGAUUGAUAUCGAUCUCGGUCUUACACCUUGGGCUAAUGCCUCUCAGUACUAUGACCAGAAGAAGACUGCCUCGGAGAAGCAGCAGAGAACUGUCCAGUCUUCUACCAAGGCGCUGAAGAGCCACGAGAAGAAGGUUACGGCCGAUCUCAAGAAAGGUCUCAAGCAAGAGAAACAGGUCUUGCGACAGGCUCGUGUGCCAUUUUGGUUUGAAAAAUUUGUGUUUUUUAUUUCCUCCGAGGGAUAUCUGGUUCUGGGUGCCCGUGAUGCCAUGCAAAGCGAGCAGCUCUAUCGACGCUACUUGAACAAGGGCGACAUCUUCAUCCACGCCAACCUCGAGGGUGCACUUCCCAUCGUUGUCAAGAACCGACCCGGCAAUCCCGAUGCGCCCAUUCCCCCCAGUACACUUUCUCAAGCCGGUACUAUGUGUGUCUCAACUUCGGCGGCAUGGGACUCCAAAGCUGUUAUGUCUGCCUGGUGGGUGCAUGCGAACCAAGUGACCAAGACUGCGGCAAAUGGUGGUGGAAUUCUGCCUACAGGUAGCUUUGAAGUCAAAGGCGAGAAAAAUUUCUUAGCCCCGUCGCAAUUGGUGCUUGGGUUUGCUAUACUGUUCCAGGUUAGCCAGGAGAGUGUUCGGAACCACAAGCAGCGAUUUGAGGGGGAUGCUCCUGACGAGGUCGGUAGUAUUGCGCCGGUUACACAGUCUGCUGCCGAGCAAGAUACCUCGAAGCCUGCAGAGGCCACUGAGGAAGCUGUGGAAGAAAAGUCAACCGAGGAGCCCGCAGUCGAGACCCCACAAGAAGGCAACGCAUCCGACCAAGAGGACGAUGAAGACACAAAGCCUGCCGGGAAUCCCCUGCAACGAGGUGACUCCGAGGGCCCUGUUGACAAGGGGAGCAAUCUCCUGAAAGCGAAUCCGAAGAAGAGACAAAGUCAGAGCCCGACACCGUCCAAGAAGACCAAGAACUCGAGCAACCCGGAUGCACGGAAACAAUUGACAGCGCGAGAGAGACGCGCUCUACGCCAGGGCAAGCCCGUCGAUCUACCCGGCAAGGCAGAGCCCGCACCCGCACGAAUCGCACCCACCCGAGGCAAGAAGGCCAAGGAGAAGCGAGCGGCCGCCAAAUACGCCCACCAAGACGACGAAGAGCGCGAGCUUGCCCUCCGCCUCCUGGGAUCCAACAAAGGCAAAGCAGCAAAGGCCGUCAAAGCCGCCGAAUCCAAAGAGCAGCGUGAACGUGAAGCAGAACAACAAAGAGCCCGCCGCCGCGCACAGCACGAACGAGCCGCCGAGGCAGAACGCAAGCGCCAAGCCCAAUUCGCCGAAGGCGCAGACGACUAUAAUGAGGAGACUGCCGCAGCUGAAGCUGCUGAUCUGAGUUGGUUGCCCGCACUCAUCGGCACGCCGACGCCAGAGGAUGAUCUUCUAGGUGCACUUCCGGUUUGCGCGCCCUGGGCGGCUUUGACGCGGUAUAAGUACAAGGUUAAGCUGCAGCCGGGUACGGUUAAGAAGGGGAAGGCUGUCAAGGAGAUUCAUCAUCGGUGGGUUUCUGAGACGACGACCGGCAAGGUUAAGAAGGAUCAUGCGGAGGAUGCGGGCGUUCCGCGUGCUGUGGCUGAGGAACUUCGGGCUAAGGAGGGAGAGCUUAUUAAGGGGUGGAAGGAGUCUGAAAUUAUCAAUACGAUGGUCGUUGGUAAGGUGCGCAUUAUGACACCUGGUAGUGCUGGGGGUGGUGGUGAUAAGGGGAAGGGCAAGGGUGGAGGUGGUGGUGGUGGUGCGAAGGGAGGAAAGGGUGGCAAGAAGAAAUAG